GGAGAACGUGACUGUCAUGUGCGACGUCUUCAUGGAGACGGUGAAGACCGGCGGCGUCUUCCUAGCCGUGAGGGUGGACAAAGGAGGCCAGUCGGUGCGCGGCGCUUGCGGGAUCUUCUUCUGGACGUUUGCGGACGGCACCUACAAAGUUACAACCGAUCUGGUUGGAAAGACGGUUCUGUCUGAGGGGCAGUCUGGCACCGGAGCGUACAGUUGGUACACCUUAUCAAUCGCUGUAACGGGACAGGUUGUCUCUGUGACACUGGAUGGACGUGUCCUCUGGAAGGGGACUGUGAGUUUGCAACAAGAGAACGGCUGGGUGGCAAUCGGCACCAACUCGUUUGAGCUCGCUCAGUUUGAUAACUUUGCUGUGAUGGCAGAGUAAACCCAAAACUGAGAGAUAAUGUUUUGUUUUUAACCACUACUAAACGUCGUGAACAAAAGGGAUUUUAAUGAACAAAACUGCACUGAAAACUUUAACUUUACUGCUUGAUUAUAUUUUAUUUUUUUGUCUUU